GGCGGGCGGGCGGGGGCUCUGCCGGCGCGGCUCCCGCCUGCCGGCCCGGGGCCAGCCGCGCUCCCCGGAUCCGCCGAGGCGGCGAGGCGGGCGCAUCCCGCGGCGCCGGGCGCUGCCUCCCCGCCGCCUCCCCUCGGGGGACCCCGCCCAGCAGCCGGGAGCCCGCCGCGCGGGGGGCAGCCGGCGGGGCAGAGCGGCGGCGCUGCCCGGCGGAGCACCAUGCUGGAGUCCAUCUGUGUCACCGAAAAACUUCACUGGCCUAAGACGGAGCUUUCUAGGAAAUCAGUCCUGAGUCUGGAAGUAUAUAAGCUGAACAUUAAUAAUGAAAACAGCCUCCAGCAUCCGCAUUCUGGGAUCCUUAAGGACAUUUUCACAACAGGAACCAGUAGCUACAACGUCCUUCUGCAGAGCAAGGAGGAGAAAAAACACCACGCUCAGAAGCAGUCGUCCUCCCACCACAAGAAACACAGGAAAGCCGCCGCCAAGCGCUCCUCCAGCCCGCGGGGCAGCGAGCACCGGCGGGGGAAGGCGCCGCUGUCCGCGCCGGGCGGGCGGCGCUGCGGGCCCCGGCAGCCGCCGCUGCUCGGCGCUGGCCCCGCCGCCGCUCCGGGCAGCGCCCCGGCCCCGCCGCCCCGGCCCCGGAGCAGGGCUAAAAAGCAUUCCAGUCUCGCCAAGCCAAAGCAGUGCCCGUCCUCGAGGAGCCGUGGGCAGGAAGGCGACGCCGCCGGCCAGAAGCUCUGCUUGCUGACUGCCAUCAAGCCGUCCAACGUGGAGAAAGAGAAGGUUAAGUUUUUCAACUCAGAUUUCACGUACAAUCCUCAGUUUGAGUAUGAAAACCCUGCUCUGCCAAAUGUGUUGGCUAAGCACAGCCAUGCGUCUGACAGAUUCCUUAAGCAGUCCAUUAACAUUAUGAAGCGGACGUUGCAGAAAUAUGGAAGCUAUGAAAAAUUUGAACAGGCCACUGGAGGCAGCUUGCUGACCAAAAGUCGUAUCUGGAAUCACGUCAGGAAGUACAUGGUGAAAGAAGGCUGUCUUGGGGAGAUUGUGGUCCAUCUCACGGAGGACCUGCUGUCCCGAGCCUCCAUGACCGUGGUGAACGGCCGCCCCACUCUCACCAUCAAUGUCUCCACCGCGCGAGAGCACUGGCUGGAGGGGAUGCUGAGACACGAAAUUGGAACUCAUUACUUUCGGGGUUUCAACAACAACAGCCAGCCUUGGUGCAACCGUAAUGGCCGUAGAAAACACGGAUUGAAGCCAAUCAACCCUACAGAAGAGGGGCUAGCGAGCAUUCACAGCGUCCUGUUCCGCAAAGACCCUUUUCUUUGGAGAGCUGCCCUGCUCUACUACACGGUGUACCAGGCCAGCCAAAUGUCCUUCAGUCAGCUUUUCCAGGAUGUGGGGAAAUUUGUCAAGGACCCCAACACUAGGUGGGAUUACUGCGUACGGGCCAAGAGAGGGUGGACUGACACCUCACAACCAGGCUGUUUCAAUAAGGACCAGGUGUACUUGGAUGGCAUCCUCCGAAUCCUGAGAUACAGGGAGUCCAUUGAUUUCCAUCUUCUGACAGCCCUUGGAAAGAUCUCAUAUGAGGACGUGGAUCGCCUGAAAGGAUUGGCUGUCAUUGAGAACAUGAGGGUGCCACACUUUUUGCAAGACCACGCCCGGUACAUGGAACACUUGAAAAAGAUCAUGGAAGUCAAUGAGCUGACUGAUGAGGAGCUCCAGGAUCUCAUAAAUUAACAGUAUUGACAUCCAUUCACUUACUUUGUGAGGAUGUAUAACUGGACUUCCCAGAGCUUGCAAAAAGGCACUUAUGAGGAAUGGGAGGGAAGAGUGGCCAAAAUACGUGGAAUUCAGAAAAAGCCCCUUUACGUCCUUUUGCAUUGUGAUUGUAUACUGAUUAUUUUUUAAAGGGAUUGUGCAUUUUGUAAAAUUUGGCUUAGAAAUUCCUCUGCAGUGAUCUGUCCAACCAUCUACUCUGUUUUGUAUGUUUGGUAUAGUGCUCAGUGCUGUCUCUUGUAAUAUAUUGCCUUUUCCCUCCCAGGUUUAGAGGUGGAGGAAAGGAGACAGAGGAGAAAUUCCCCUUUAGUUCACUUUUGUUUGCCUUAUCUUUGGUCAUAGCUGUCACGGUUCAUAGCAAUAGAACUGCUGUAAAUUAUGCUGCAUUGCUGUCUGCAUACCUUUCCCAUUUAGUCAUCACUGCAAUGAAAACAGAAAGUUUAAAAACAGUGCACAGAAGCAGGUCUUUGUGCCACAGGAUCGAAGUCUGCAACAUUACAAAAUGUUUCAGGGCUUUUGUUUAGUGAGAGGAUUGGCGUUUAAGAAAAGAAGGAAAAGGUAGGUAGUGAUGUUUUAAUGAUUGUAAGCGGGUAGCAAAGCUUUCCCCUUCAUUCCCUCAAAAAGUUACACUGUUCUACAUGUUUAUGUGUAUAGUACAUGUUUCAGGAAGCUGAAUUCUGGGAAGGGCCUCCCUCCUUUGAAGACAAGCAUAGCAUGUCUAGGAAAUUCAGCAUGGCAGUGUUUUGGAAGGAGGAUCGAGCAAAACUGUGAUUUCAUGACCUAUGAUUCUAAAUAAAUUCAGGAACACAGGGCCACCAUCCAGCACUGCAGGCAACACUCACUUCUUCUUUGGAUCACCUGAGCCUACAGAGGACCAGGUCACAUUUUUGAGCAGUACCCCCACACUACAGCAAGCCUGAGCUUGCAGAGCUCAUUUCAGAAACAAGAUGUGACUGGGGGAAAGAAAAUGACUCUCAAGUGCCCUAUCCUGUGUUCCAACAGAAGUGCUGCACCACUCUGGAGCAACUUUACCUCUGUUUUAACUGCUGGUGCUAUAUCCAGGACCAAGGAAAGAAAGCUCCUUGCAGCAAAGAGCUUUCUCUAGUCACAUGAUGAAUAACUUAGAUGAUGCAGGAGGACUUACUAGAUAAGCUACAUUUUCUGAUUGUGGAGUAUUAUGGGAUUGGUGAGGCAAAGUAUUCUGACAAGAGGGUUUUGUUUUAGUAGACAGAAUUUUACAAGGGCUCCUCUGAGCUCCUGGGAAGCAGCUGUGGUCAGAGACGCUGGGCAGAAACUAGUGGCAGCCUUGGACAGGGCUUCUGCCCUUUCUUAUCCUGCUGCUCUUGCUCACUGGUAACAGGCCUGGCAUGGGAUAAAGUGAGUAGAUGGAGCCAAGGUUUCCUCCACGCCACAUUUGCAUGGACCCGAGCCACAGUGUCCCUCCCCUCUUAUCUGUUCUUCAAUGUAACAAAUGCAAUAACUCUCUCACCUUGUAUUGUACCAGGACAUUACCAGACAUUACCAUCUCAAGUAAAAUCUUGAGAACAUAUUUCCUGAUCCAUAGGAAAACUGUGAGGUGAUGGUUGGCUAAGAGAUCUGAAGGUUUAUGAACAAUCCCAUAAAAGCAGCUGCCUUUCAGAUACUAUUGCAGAUUGUUUGCAGUGGCUGGAUGACUGCUGCAAAAAAGAAAAUGCAUUCAUCAAGCAUAAAUUUACUAAAUUUAGUUGUUUUCAAGGCAGGGACUGAGAACUGCUUGCAGCAGCCUUAAUUUUGUGUUGUCACUAUUGUUCAGGAGCUGAAAGCCAUUCAGCCUCUGUAAGCUGUUUUCUCUCCUUUCCUCCUCCAGGCUGUCUAGUUUGAUCACUGGUCACUUGGCCUGCCCAGCUUUGUUUUAGAGCUGUGCAGAACAGGCACAGAGCUGUUGCAGCAGCCUGACAGGAGUCACUUGCAGUCAGUCCCGCACGUGUGCUCCAGGUUUUGGCUCCUUUGCCAGAAACAGCAAGAAAGUCACACAUGACUGAAGUCAAGCCAAGGAUUACAGUCAAAAGCUGUCUUUGGAGUAAACUGGGCAGAGAUCAUUUGAGCUACACUGUGGAAAAUUCUGGCUCACUUUGCUGACCCUGGGGUAUGCAAAAGGGACAAUCCUUUAAGAAAGGAACAAUUCUGAACUGAUUUUAUGCUGACAGGAGAGACCCCUGCCUUUCUCCCAUGACUUUUACAUAAGCAAAGUGGUUUUCCUCCUCCCACAGUAGUAGCAUCCUAUAAUCUAAGUGCACGUGAAUAAUGUGUCCUCAAAACCAGGAGGCUGUGCUAGUCACAUUUUUGCCACAAAAUGCCAUGCCUGCAGGCCUGAUUCUUUCACCACUCUGUAGCCCUAGACACUACUACAGGCCUUUUUGCUUUACUUGAAGACCUGCAUCACCUUUUUUGCAAAGCAGUAGGUGCCAUUAAACUUCCAUUCUUCAUUAUCCUAGAAAUAGAUUUGCCUGGUGCAAACUUUGGAGUCUGGAAGUGGUCACUAUCAAUAUGUAGCAAUAGGUGAAGCUGUCAGCUUCUGUUUUUGGCAUCAUGUCAUUCCUCCUUUGUAAAAGUGUCUCAAAUUUUGAAGUGUAGCUUUUGUAAAUUUUCCUGAAAUUUUUUUUUCACUGUGAAGAGGCUGGUUACUGAGUUGUGAUUCUGAAGUUCUGUGAUGGAGUGUGUGGACAGCAGUGAGCUCAUGUCACUGCACAGUUUCAUGGUGUCGGUGCUGUGUUGGCAGCCUUUCCUGGCUGUCUGGCUUGGUUGCUUUGGUGUGUAUCUAUGUCUUGCUAUGUUAUUCCUAUACAGAAACCUGGCUGACAUUGGAAAAGCCUCCCCGUUUCACCAGACCAAUUUUGAAAGGCAUUUUAUACAACUUUUACAAAUAAAGACAAAAUAAUGACAGAGAUGAGAGUACUGAAGUGUUACAUCGUGUUGUGUCAGAGGGUUACUCUCUCCAAUGGCCUCAGCUCUCCAGCAACUUGGACAUCCUAUGUUGUGUGUGGAAGAGGUGCCUUUCUGACUCUUUUUCAAAAGCAUCACUUGGGGUGGAGUCACGAAGGGUCUAUUGAAGUCUUACACUGGGUAUGGCUCUCCCUGCUCAGUCAGAAGGCCUGGCUGCUCAUGAGGA